AAACCCAGAGUGAGAUUGCUCGGCCGUUCGAGCAGACGUGUGCCGGGGUGUUACAUUUUUAUUUCCAUCGAGCUAUAGUUUACGUGAGGUUUUUUAAACUACAUAAUGUUUAUUCAACCAAAAUUAAUGUAACCGCGCUGUGUUUACAUAGAAGUGUUUCAAGGUGUUAUAUUUACGUUAUGGCAUGAAGCCAGCAUAAAUAAGUAGAUGCGCUUUUUCCAAACAAACUCUAUUAAUAAACAGGUGGCUCGUUGAUAAAUAAUUAAUUUUAUAUGAAUAAAAAACUUUUUGUUAUAAUUAAAUAUAUUAUAUAAGGUUAUUACCGUUUACGCUUUAUUUUAAAGUGAUUGCGGCGUAAAAUAUAAUCAAUGUGUAAAACAUUUGGACCGUGAAUGAAGCCUUGAAAGUUAUUUAAAUUCCUGUCGUGAUUUCGGAGUAAUAAUUUAAUUAGCGGAGAUGAAGUAACAAGAUGAGCGUGGCCGUUGAAAUAAACCAGGCCAUCCAGGAAACUGGGACUACUCCGCCUCAGAAUGGCAAUAAAAGAAUUCCCACCGUAAACAGAACCGUGCCUAAGAAAACUUUAGAGUCAAAGUUGUGGGAUUUAUUACAGCCCAUUGCCCGAUUAUGGGGACUGAUAACGGCUAUAGUGAUGAGUGGUGCUGGCGCACAGCUCACUGUUCUGGACUACGAGAUUGCUCCCGGACUUAUUGUGGGAGCAGUACUUAUAUUUCUGUUGGAGACAAUGUGGGUUGUCGCACUGUUUGUGGAUCUGCUGUGCCGUCGCGGGGAGUACUCCAUGAAGCUGCGUUGCUGGGACUUCAUGAGGUGGUCAUGUGGUCGAGCCAGAGCGCCGUUUUACGCCUGUGUAGCGACGGCGAUACUGUUCGCUAACCUAACUAUUUUGGCUACCGUUUCAGGUGGAAUGUUGCUUGUACUGGCAGCGUUGAGAGCGACCGUGCCGUUCUCUCCUUAUGCGACCCACGGCCCGCACUCGCCUCGCGCUGGUAGCACAUUGCUUAGUCAACACGACUCCAAUAUACCUGACGUGUACUUCAACGCGGGGCAAUCUGCUGACGAUAGAUGCGAAGAAAUGACUGUUCUUGACGUCAAGACUCCUGGAAGAUCUCGCUCCGUGACGCCGAAACCUCGCCUACUAGAACUUUGAUCUAAUUAAGAGAAUUUUUUUAAAUUACGCAAAGUUCAGAAAUUUUAAAAUUACGCUAAAAUCCAAAACAAGCUUUUGUGUGUGCAUUGUGCAAUGUGCAUGUCUAAAGUUAUAAGCGUUUUAUACUCUGUAUGCGUUACCCGGCUUCGAACUUUAAAACUGGUCGGCUGACUAACUUUGUGUGGUAAAAUAAAGUGGAACAUGGGAUUUUAAAUACGUAGCAAAUGUCGUUACAUUUAAAAUGUAUUUUAUUUUAAGCCAAAACUCAUUUUACAUUCAUCUAAUAAUAUGUGGAUUUACUAUAAUAUAACGGGCAACUUUCCGAUUGCUUCUAGGUCUAGAAUCCUUCCGAACCGGUGGUUGAGUCAUUACAAACAGACAGACUUGACGAUUCAAAUUUACUUGUAGAGACUUGUACUUGAAAUAAAUGAAUUUUGAAUUUGAAUGAAUAGGGGCAAAAU